AUGGAUUUCUAAUAGCUUUUCAAUGAAUAUUACGUUUAUGGCGGUCUCAUUCUGGUUGGAAUUAUGUGGGGCAUUACAAAUCCUUUGAUGGAAAUGGGAUCUAAAACAUAAAAUUUAGAAUAAUUUGACAUAUCUCUUAAAUUCUUUUUAUCUAUUUUCACAAGAAUUGCUUUCCUCCUUCCCUUCAUAGUCAACUAACUUGCUUCAGUUUUGUUUAAUAUUCUUUUAGGAAAAGCUCCUUUAACAACUGCUCAAGCCAUAGCUAAUAGCUGCUCCUCAGUUGUAACACUUGCAACAGAAUCUAUUAUAAAAAAGAAACCCAUAACUAUAAAAACAGUAUUAGGAAUAGCUUUUGUGACAUUUGGAAUUUACUUAUGCGUUACCUCUUAAAAUGAAAAAACAAAAUGA